AUGACAGUAUUAGAAGCAGAAGAAGACUCCGAUGAACGUUCUGUUCCACCCAGAAAAAAGUUUUGUCUCUCUCUACCAAGACGAGAACACAAUAUUAGUAGGACCAUUUCGCAGCCCCCUCAUACAUCUACACGAGGGGGCUUCUUCGUUGGUCAGGAUCUUCCCUACGGCUCGAGCAGGAUGUUGAAUGGAUAUCGAAGUCAAGCAGGCCAUCAUCAAGAUCCCGGAUAUGAUUACAUUGGAGCUGGCUCCGACGGAUUGAGAAUAGCUACGCUAUGCAAUCUCGGCAACACUUGCUUCCUGAACAGUGUUAUAUAUACGCUGCGUUUCGCACCAUCUUUCUUGCACAAUUUGCAUCAUCUGGCAACCGAUCUUUCAAAUUUGAAUGAAAAACAAUUGCAAACUAAGGUAAAAUCUUCGUCACUCGGACGAACCGGUGUGUCUUUAACGGCAAGCGGAAGUCGAAGUUACAGCAGCAAAGAUUUACUUGCUUUAGCCGGUGUGGGUGAGCUCAAUAAGCCGCGUAUACAAGUCGCAACGGAAAAACUUCAUGAUCUGUUUAUGGCCCUAAGAGUUUCAGAAGCUCGCGAGAGCAGUGAACCUUACCAACCAGAUGCGUUUUUACAGGCCCUAAGGGAAGUUAAUCCAAUAUUCGAGGGAAAUCAACAACAAGAUGCUCACGAGCUGUUGGUAUGUCUUCUGGACAAUAUUCGGGAAACAUUUCAAUUACUAGUGAGGCACAGGGAGAGUCAAUUUGGUCAGAGUAACGGUGGAAUGGGGGACUUUAUGAGCACUGACCGUAUGACCGAUUUACAAAGCGAUGUCGGUAGUUCCGGUAAGAGGGCUCUACGAACGUCUUGGAAGAAGAAAAAAAUAGCCAACCGGGGAAGUACAACAUCACUAAUACAAACGAACGUAAACGGAGUCGCGGUACCUUCCAGACCCUUCGAGAACGGGCAUGCUGAAUUAACCGGAAGCAACGGAGACUUAUUCUCGCAUCGUCCUGAAAGCAAAAAGUGUUUCAUCUCCGAGGAUUUCGAAGGGGUUAGUUUGUUGAGAACCACUUGUUUGGAAUGCGAGCACGUGACCGAGCGUAAGGAAACAUUUUGCGACAUAUGCGUGCCAAUCGAAACGGGAAGAUCGAACGACAAAGAUGAGGAUGGAAAAACGAUGGAUAGUGAGGUGUACAGACGCGCCGUUGUAACCAGUGAGCUUCUUUGUGGCAGGGAUAAAUAUUGGUGCGCUAGUUGCCUCAGAUACAACGAAGCACGUCGUGAAGUUUGUUUCCCAGCAUUGCCACGACUUCUCGUACUUCAAUUGAAAAGAUUCUAUUCAGCCGCAGGAUCCAUGGAAAAAAUCAACAAUCACAUGCCUUCGCCGUUAACACUUCAGUGUUUCUGCGAGGAGUGCAACGUAGAUCAAUCACAAAGAAGUGGAAACGUUAGACCAGCCGAAUCCCGUCACGUCUACAAGCUAUAUUCGGUGAUAAUGCAUCAGGGUGCAACGAUGACAGCGGGCCAUUAUAUCGCGUACACGAAAGUUCCGGACGAGUCGAUGUUCAGCGAAUAUUAUCGAUGCGAUCGCGACUGCAGGCGUCAAAAUUUUACGAAAGGAGGUAGCAGCAGUAAUACGAACAAUCAAACGAACGACAAGUCAUUGAAUCUACGGAAACUAUUUCGUAGCAAGCCGAAUAUUAGCGAGAGUAAGGAACAACAAUUGAUGAGGGUCGGUUGUCGUAGUAUGGACUGUUGCGGAAUAGUACGUGGCAAACAUUCGGGUACGUGGCUCGAAUGCGACGAUGAGGCUGUAAGAGCAAUACCCGAGCGUGAACUCCAGGACAAAUUAGCGCCGAAUCCACGAAAUUCGGCUACACCGUAUCUCCUAUUUUACGUGAGAACCACGACAUUGAAACUGGAUUAAAAUCAUGAAGUAUCAACAGGUAUCGGUAGACUUCGUGAACAUGGUGUUCACCGCUUUCUCCUAUGUGGCCCUGGCCGGAGCUGCUUGGAUAUUUCUGCGACUCUUACAAG